GCCCCGGGGCCGGCGGUGCCGGGGUCAUCGGGAUGAUGCGGACGCAGUGUCUGCUGGGGCUGCGCACGUUCGUGGCCUUCGCCGCCAAGCUCUGGAGCUUCUUCAUUUACCUUUUGCGGAGGCAGAUCCGCACGGUAAUUCAGUACCAAACUGUUCGAUAUGAUAUCCUCCCCUUAUCUCCUGUGUCCCGGAAUCGGCUAGCCCAGGUGAAGAGGAAGAUCCUGGUGCUGGAUCUGGAUGAGACACUUAUUCACUCCCACCAUGAUGGGGUCCUGAGGCCCACAGUCCGGCCUGGUACGCCUCCUGACUUCAUCCUCAAGGUGGUAAUAGACAAACAUCCUGUCCGGUUUUUCGUACAUAAGAGGCCCCAUGUGGAUUUCUUCCUGGAAGUGGUGAGCCAGUGGUACGAGCUGGUGGUGUUUACAGCAAGCAUGGAGAUCUAUGGCUCUGCUGUGGCAGAUAAACUGGACAAUAGCAGAAGCAUUCUUAAGAGGAGAUAUUACAGACAGCACUGCACUUUGGAGUUGGGCAGCUACAUCAAGGACCUCUCUGUGGUCCACAGUGACCUCUCCAGCAUUGUGAUCCUGGAUAACUCCCCAGGGGCUUACAGGAGCCAUCCAGACAAUGCCAUCCCCAUCAAAUCCUGGUUCAGUGACCCCAGCGACACAGCCCUUCUCAACCUGCUCCCAAUGCUGGAUGCCCUCAGGUUCACCGCUGAUGUUCGUUCCGUGCUGAGCCGAAACCUUCACCAACAUCGGCUCUGGUGACAGCUGCUCCCCCUCCACCUGAGUUGGGGUGGGGGGGAAAGGGAGGGCGAGCCCUUGGGAUGCCGUCUGAUGCCCUGUCCAAUGUGAGGACUGCCUGGGCAGGGUCUGCCCCUCCCACCCCUCUCUGCCCUGGGAGCCCUACACUCCACUUGGAGUCUGGAUGGACACAUGGGCCGGGGGCUCUGAAGCAGCCUCACUCUUAACUUCGUGUUCACACUCCAUGGAAACCCCAGACUGGGACACAGGCGGAAGCCUAGGAGAGCCGAACCAGUGUUUGUGAAGAGGCAGGACUGGCCAGAGUGACAGACAUACGGUGAUCCAGGAGGCUCAAAAGAGAAGCCAAGUCAGCUUUGUUGUGAUUUGAUUUUUUUUUAAAAACUCUUGUACAAAACUGAUCUAAUUCUUCACUCCUGCUCCAAGGGCUGGGCUGUGGGUGGGAUACUGGGAUUUUGGGCCACUGGAUUUUCCCUAAAUUUGUCCCCCCUUUACUCUCCCUCUAUUUUUCUCUCCUUAGACUCCCUCAGACCUGUAACCAGCUUUGUGUCUUUUUUCCUUUUCUCUCUUUUAAACCAUGCAUUAUAACUUUGAAACCAAA